CACACUAAUUACAACCUUAAUCUCUCAUUUAUUUCCUUCUUUGAUCUUUCUCUCCUUACAAGAGGGAAAGAUCUUCAUUUCUUCUCAUCUUUUUCUUCCUCGGUUGUUCUUCCUACCAUGGGUGCCUGUGCCACCAAGCCUAAGGCCAAGGUCGAUACGGCCGUCAUCCCCGCACCCGAGCCUGUCGACGACAUGGUGAAGAACACUGAGGAAGUUAAGGUCGUGGAAGACGAGAAGAGGGUCGAUGGUGUAAUUGAUGAAAAGGACGACACCGAGAAUGUUGUCGUUGAGGAAGCCAAGCCUCCAUCUCUCGACUCCGCCAAGCCUCCGUCUCUCGACUCCGCCACGCCUCCGUCUCUCGACUCCGCCAAGCCUCCGUCUCUCGACUCCUUGCUCGUUGAGAAGCAAGCUGAAGUUCCGAGCGUGACGAAGGCGGAGGAGCAGCCACCGAAGGGGACGGCGGUGGUGGCGGGGGCGGAAGAAGUGAAGAAGAAUGAGAGGAGCGCAUGAAGAAAUCAAAGAGAAGCGUUAUGUUUUAUUGAUCUUAGCUUCUCAGCUAUUCAUUAUUCAAUUUGCGCAAUGUUUUGUGUAAGGGUGUGGGGGUCUUGUCUGUGUUUCCUUUAUCAAUAUAUAGUAAUUAAAAGUAUAUUGGAUUCUAUAAAUUAAUAGCAUGAUAUUGUCCA